GCGCUCCCCGCCCCGACGCCCCGCCCGGUUCCCCCCAGGCGGUAGCAGCGGCAGCGGCGGCGGUGGCGACAUGAGCAGCGGGGCGGCGUCCGGGACGGGGCGGGGGCGGCCCCGGGGCGGGGGGCCGGGACCCGGGGACCCCCCACCCAGCGAGACACACAAGUUGGUGGUCGUGGGCGGCGGCGGCGUGGGCAAGAGCGCUCUGACCAUCCAAUUUAUCCAGUCCUACUUUGUGUCUGACUAUGACCCCACCAUUGAAGACUCCUACACGAAGAUCUGCACUGUGGAUGGCAUCCCUGCCCGGCUGGACAUCCUGGACACGGCAGGCCAGGAGGAGUUCGGCGCCAUGCGGGAGCAGUACAUGCGUGCGGGGCACGGCUUCUUGCUGGUGUUUGCCAUCAACGACAGGCAGAGGUCCCGCGGUCUGAAGCCCACGCCUUCAGCGCCUCCCACCACCUGGCUUACUUCGAGGCCUCGGCCAAGCUGCGGCUCCACGUGGAUGAGGCCUUCGAGCAGCUGGUGCGGGCUGUGCGGAAGUACCAAGAGCAGGAGCUGCCCCCCAGCCCGCCCAGCACCCCCCGGAAGAAGGCGGGAGGCUGUCCCUGCGUCCUCCUGUAGCUCCAGGGGGGCCCAGCUCUCGGGACCAGCCUUCCUUGCCACUCAGCCUCAGUUCCCCGCUCUGGGCCUUCCAGCAUACACUACACCCCCACCUAACUCCUGGCCCCCCUCCCUGAGGGCCAGGGUCACUGUGUGCCUUCUGCCAGCGAUGCCUGUUCCCCACCUUCCCAGCCCCCAGCGGGGCAAGGCCCCCCCCAGGUCACUGCUGUACAUACGCCUCUCCCCUCAAAUAAACAUCACUGCCAGUGUCCACAGAUGCCGUGAGAAUGCUAAAGGGUGGGGCGGGUGGUGGGGAGACACAAGCUGAAGCCUUGACCCAUCA